AUGACAUCGACGAGCGAUAGAGUAAGUCAGCGUAACACGAUACAGGUGGCAGUGCGAGUGCGCCCACUGAAUGAGAAGGAAGCAGCUCAUGGCUCGAAAGCGUGCGUGGACGUGACGGAUACUAGCAUCCAAUUGGCUGAAAAACAAUUUGACUUUGACGCCGUUUUUGACACGACGGCAGAGCAGGAAAAUGUUUACAGCACACUAGUCAAGCCGCUACUGGACGAGUUUUUCAGUGGAUACAAUGCGACAGUAUUUGCUUACGGACAGACAGGGUCUGGCAAAACGUAUACUAUGGGGAAUGAGUCUGCGUCCAAUAGACCGUCGACUGAUCGUGGCAUUGUGCCGCGUGUGAUUGAAAAUAUUUUUGAACUUGUGGAUAAGUUGAAGAACUCGCACCAGGUUGUGGUCAAGCUUUCGUACUUAGAGAUUUUGAAUGAAGAAAUUAUUGAUCUGGCUGUAAAAUCACCUUCUGGAAUGGUGUCGCUAACGAACACGGGGCUAUCUAUACGGGGUGAUAGGGAUCGUGGAAUCGUUGUCACGGGGCUAAGUGAGCACGUUGUGCAGUCAGUGGACCAGGCGGAAGCUAUUUUACGCGCCGGGGCGCAAGUGCGGGCUACGGGUUCAACAAGCAUGAAUACUCGGUCAAGUCGCUCGCAUGCUAUCUGUACGCUGAAAAUGGAGCUACAUGACGUGAGCACUGUGGAAGGGGGCACAGAGACGCGGUUUUCUAAGCUCCAUUUGGUGGAUUUGGCCGGGUCUGAACGUGUCCGGCGUACUAACUCGGCAGGGGUGCGGUUUAAGGAAGGUGUAAACAUCAAUCGCGGGCUGCUUGCACUUGGGAAUGUUAUUAAUGCGUUGUGCAAACGUAGCUCUACAAAUCCGCUGACAGCACAUAUUCCCUAUCGAGACUCGAAGCUGACGCGGCUGCUUCAAGACAGUCUUGGUGGAAACAGCAAGACGCUGAUGAUUGCGUGCAUCAGUCCUGCUGACGUUGACUACGAGGAGACCUCAACUACACUACGAUACGCAUUCCGCGCCCGAAAUAUUGAGAACCGGGCCGUGAUUAACAAGGAAAUUGCUGCCGAGAGCUCAGUGGCGAAAUUGAAGCAGCAGCUAGCAGGUGUGAAGUCGCAGCUGCUGCAGCAAACUCGAGGUAUUCCGAACGGGCCAGUCCAAUCGGAACUUUACAACUCGAAUAGUCCACUCGAGGAACAAAAUCACAAGCUGCGAGAAGAACUUCAAUUAGCCAAUAGCGCCAGGGAUGAGUGGAAAAGGAUUGCCGGUGAGCUUGAGGCCAAGUUCGAAGGAGUGAUGAAGGAGUUGCAGAUUCUACACGAGCAAGCAACGAAGAAAAGAGCACCCAGGAAACGCAAAGCACGCGAAUCGUACGAAACGAUGGAGACGUUAUUCAGCAGUAGCAGCGAUGAAGAGGACAACAGCGAGGUUGAUUCCGAUUACGUCGAUGGGAUGGAUGUGUACUACAAUCGCCACAACAAGAGACGAAAGAGGAAACAGCCUGGCGACGUUGACCGACCCGAAAGCGUUGACCGUGAUGGACAAAAUUGA